UGAACAUUUAUUUUAAUGGGGUUGGUUGGAGAUAUUCUAGUAAUUUAGUUACCCUAUUUAAUGUUUUCUUAAACUUUGUGCAUACUCUAGAAUGACACUUAUUUUGGAAAGGAGGGAGUACAACAAUACAACAUAUAAUUUCGGGGUAGGUCAUAAUUUUAGCACAAGUUUACAAACAUAUUUAUGGGGGCAAUCUUUUUUGUUAUUAUUGGCUUGUAGUACUAAAAAGUAGAAUGCGGAACGUAUAGAAUGCAUUCAGAUUUCAGGUCAGGUGAACAGAAACAUCUUCUUUCAUUCUUCCUCUCAAGCUUUACCGACUUUGUGGGCGAUGAAGCUAAUGAGGACGAAGGGAAAAGCUUUUGUGGAGUCAAUUCUGGUGAGCCCUUUACUCUUCUUGAAUUAUAAGUCACAUCUUUUCGCAUUAGAAUAUCACACUGCCGCCCCACCAUACUGUAAUCCUGUUAGAAACAGAGAGCAUUUGCAUGCAAGACUUAAAUCCGGGUUCCUCAAUGACAUUACUAGCCCGGAAGAUGCCCUUAAUUUGUAUAAACAGAUGGUCCUAUUGGAUCCUCCGCCAAAUGUGAUUGCUUUCACUCAAUUGCUUGACCGAUUGGUUAAAUUGAAGCACUAUUCACUUGCCAUUUCACUGUACCGCAACAUGACUGCUCUGGGAUUUCCGGUUAGUGAUUACAUUCUCAAUACUGUCAUUCAUUGUUACUGUUUGGUGAAUAAGGUUGAUUUUGGGUUCUCUGUAUUGGGAGGUUUUUUUAAGCGUGGCAUUGUGCCUGAUGUGUGCACUUUUGGUACUCUACUCAAAGGGCUUUUUAAGGAAAUACGGAUUAACCAGGCCCAAGAAUUGUUUAGGAAGAUAAUUUUCGAAAAAUUAUGUGAACCUGACAUUCCCAUGUGUGUUACCGUGAUAGAUGGGCUCUGUAAAGUAGGGAAUACUAGCAUGGCCAUUCUAUUUCUCAGAGAUAUGGAAAGAGGAAGAGUUGCGCCAGAUGUCAAAGUGUACACUGCUAUUGUGGAUAGUCUGUGUAAGGAUAAUAGAGUAGAGGAAGCAAUCCUUCUUUUACGAGAGAUGAUCGAGAAGGGUAUUGCCCCAAAUGUUGUUACUUAUACUUGUUUGAUAAAGGGUUUUAGUAAUAUAGGUGCCGUAUGUAAGGAAGGGAAAUUGGAAGCUGCUGAGGGUUUUCUCCAAAUGAUGACUCAGCAUGGCCAGAUCCCUAAUGUGAUCACUUACAAUGUUCUCAUGGAGGGGUGUUGUUUGCAGGGUCAAAUCAGCAAAUUGCAAAAAAUUUUUGAUGCCAUGGUGGGAUGUGGGAUUGUUCCAGAUUUGAUCAGUUAUGGUAUCUUGAUAAAAGGUUAUUUCAAGAGCUUUAAAGCUGAUGAUGCAAUACAUAUCUUCCGCGAGAUGCCACAGAAAGGAGUGAUGCCAAGCGCUGCCACGUACAAUGCUGUCUUGCAAGGAUUAUUUAGGAUGGGAAGGUAUGCCACUGCAAGACAUGUUUUCAUGGAGAUGCAAUCAGUGUCUAUACCCCCUGAUUUUUUAACUUAUUCUAUAAUGUUGGACGGCCUAUGCAAGAGUGGUUCGGUUGAUCAAGCCAUUGAAUUUCUUCACAAGUUUAAGUUGGAAACUGAGGGAGUGGAGCUUCACACAACUAUGUAUAAUAUCAUUCUUGACGGUUUGUGCAAAUGCGGGAGGCUUGAUACUGCCAGAGAUGUUUUCCGUAGUAUCUCCUUGAAAGGAUUGGAUCCUGACGUCACAACUUAUAACACAAUGAUAGCUGGCCUUUGUAGAGAAGGUUUGGUGAAGGAGGCUAAAGAUUAUAUUGUGAAGAUGGAAGAAAAUGGUGUGUUGGCAGAUGAAAGGACAUACAACACGAUUAUUCGAGGACUUCUUAAAAUAGAUGAAUUUGAUGAUGCAGCAAUCUAUGUUGAAGAGUUACUUCGACGAGAAUUUUCCUUGGAUUCAUCAACUUUCUCCCUUUUGCUUGAUUUGUCCUCAAACAAGGCGAACUGUACAGCACUUGCAAAGGUAAUUCAAAAUCUUGGGUCUGAAAGAAUGAAGCUUAUGUUGGAGUCAACACUGAAUGGUGUAUUGCAAUUAUUUUGUCUCGGAUUAGUCAAAUCCGAAUCUAUCUAUUUUAUACUAGAUUCGGAUUUGGCAAAUCCGAAUCUCUUUGUAUUACAAACCAAUUUAGUUCAGAAGUGUGAGGAACAAGGUGGAAUUUGCGGAUGGCAGAGUGGAAGUACCAAUAGAAUUGGCUGCUUGGGAGGAAAGAAACACCAAUCAGGAACGUUGAAGAAACUAGAAAUUUCUGAACUCAAGAAAGAACCCUACCCACAUUCUGAAGGUGGAGAGAUGAGUGUUUACGACCAUGUUGACUGUAGUGCCCUGUUGCUUGCUCAUCUACGGAUAAUCAAUGAGGGGGUUAAAGAGGGUGAUCUUCACAAGGUUACCACUGACACUAAACUUCAAGAGCUGUGUAGUGAUGCUCUAGCUGGUGAUAGGCUACUAAUCCUAUAUGACUAUCCAGUUAAUGAUGUGGUUGAUGAUACAACUGGUGAAGAUGCCGAAAGUGAAAGUGAUAGUGAUAGUAGUGAUAGAGAUUGGGAUGAAAAGGAUUCGGAGUAUGACCAGGAAGAAUCUGAAAAUGACUAUGACUUAGUAGCUGAUGACAGUGGUGGUGUAGAAGGGCCUAAAAACCAUAAAGCAUCUACAUCAAGUGCGGGAGCUAAAAAGCUAUAUAAUUCUUCAGUUGGAGCUAAAAAGGUGCAACCUACAUCACUGACUAAGGCUUACAAGUAUGAUGAGGGUAACUACAAUGACAACAGUGGGUCAGAAUUGGAACCAGAUUCUGAGGAAGACUUGCAGAGUGUACAGGGAUCAGAUGGUGAAGAUGUCGACAAGCCUAUGUUGUUUCAUCCUGAGGACAUGGAGAAGCCACCCCUGAGAGCUGGACUAACAUUUAGUUCCCGGGCAGAAUGUAAGGAAGCAAUUAGACGCUAUAAUAUUAGGAGAGGCAGAAGAUGGAGGUUUAAAAAGGAUGACAAACGCAGAAUAAAGGCUAUUUGUCCUGAGAAGUACAAGAAGAAUCAUAAAAGCAAAACACUUAAGCAGUGUGACUGGAUUAUAUACGUCAGUAUGUGUAGUGGGUCCCCUGUUGUGACUACGUUUGUGACUUGGCAUAAGUGCAAGUUCAGGCAAAGAAAUAAGAGUGUAACCUCAGCCAUUACCGGCAGGAUUUGUUCUCAGUUGGUGAAGGAUAACCAGACCAUCACAACCAGGGAUUACAAGAGACUUGCAAAGGAGAAAUACAAGUUUAUUCUCACAAAAACGCAAGCUUAUAGAGCAAGGAGGAAGUCCAUGAGAAUUGUUUAUGGGAAUGUUGAAGAUCAGUAUGAUAAGCUGAGGGAUUAUUGUGGGGAAAUAAUGAAGAGUAAUCAUGGUUCUACGGUAGCCCGAGUUGCAGAUCCCAUGUUUGUGGAUGAGAUAACAAGAGAAAGUGUCCUUCAAGGACAGCCUCACAAGGGACACAAAAUGAACCAGCUGCGGUGCCUGCCACAGGUGAGCAUGGAUCCAAAUGUGGCUAUUGUGGACUCACAGGUCACAACCAGAGGAAGUGCCCUUUCAUUGACCCACCAGGGGGUUGUAGACCUUGGCAGCAAUGUUGAUGACUUUUUUGAUGCCGUAAACCUUGGAGCAAACAAUGAUGUCUCGUCUCCUGGCAAGAGGAAGCUUGGAGACCCUAAUGAGUCCAACUACGAAGAGGCCAGUCUUCAUGAAAGCCACAUUGCGGAAAUGAGGUCCAAUGAAGCUUUGCCAAUGAAGAAAAUACAACAUAUAAAGAAAAAACAGAAAAUGUCAGGGUACAUGUAA